AUGCCAACGGGAGGCCACACCCGCCGGGCGGAACACACCGAUGGGAAGCUGGACCCAGUCAUUGGUAGAGAUGGGGAAAUCCAACGAACAAUACAAAUCCUUUCAAGGAGAACGAAGAAUAACCCUGUCCUAAUUGGUUCCGCCGGUACCGGCAAGACAGCUAUCCUCGAAGGCCUUGCGCAGAGGAUUGUCAGAGGCGACGUGCCAGAAAGCGUUAAGGAUAAGCGUGUGAUUGCUCUGGAUUUAGGUCAACUUAUUGCAGGCGCAAAAUUCAGAGGUGAUUUUGAAGAGCGAUUGAAAAAAGUUUUGAAGGAGGUGGAGGAUGCUCAUGGCGGAGUUAUCCUUUUCGUGGAUGAGCUGCACACACUGCUCGGGCUUGGAAAGGCUGAGGGAAGUAUUGAUGCAAGCAAUCUUCUAAAGCCGGCUUUAUCGCGAGGUGAGCUGCAAUGCUGCGGUGCUACGACAUUGAACGAGUAUCGGCAGAUCGAAAAAGAUGUUGCUUUAGCGCGACGGUUCCAACCGAUUCUCGUUGAAGAGCCAUCAGUACCCGACACCAUAUCGAUAUUGAGAGGCAUUUAA